GCCAUCUGAUCGGGUUAAUCCCAUCAUUGGUGCUUCCAUUGAGAGUAAUACUGUGAGAUAAGGCUGUGAGAUUAUGGCCGGACGAAGGACGAGACGUAACACUGCUGCUUCCGCCCAGUCGACGGUGAGGAGUGACAACCCUGAGCAGGGUAUGAUCGUUCCUGUCAAUGGGUUGGAAACGGCAUUGAAUAAUGUGGCUAACAUGAUGGCCAACAUUAUGGAACGAUUGGAUAAGGCUCUUCCAGGUCCAUCCGGUAUCCGAGACGUCCCUGCCGGGCAACCCCGUCAGGUACUGCGUACCGCGAGUUCUCCUAUCCUCCAGGAGCUUCAUGAUCCGGAAGAGGUUGAGAGGGAGAAACGAGCCAUUGCCAGACGCCGGGCGGAGGAAUUGGCCCGGAAUAGUAAAGUGAAUGAGGACCGGGCCAAGGAUGCAAGCCGGAUCAUCGGCGAUGGAAACGAAAACCCGCGGGGAUCCGUCUUUGAAAGGAUAUCUCGCCAGAAGGCUCACGUUAGUGAGAGGCUGGGGAAGAAUCCGGAUAAGGCACCUAAAGGUUGGACACGACCCCAGGCCAGCCAGGUGGCAUCUUCCAAUCGCGAACCCCGGCAGCAAAACGGCCGUGGCGCGAGCCAAGUGCUGGUCCGGUCAUUGAAGAAUCUGGAGGAGGACGAGGUUCAAAGCCAAGCCAGGGUCCCAGCACCACGGCGUCUAGGGCCGCCGAUGCCGGAAGCUGGUGAAUUCCAAGAUCUGAGGCAACCCCAGGAACACAUAAACAGUUAUGUCAAAGUGAUGAUUGCCGUAGACGCCAGUGACGCACUCAUGUGCCGGUGCUUCUUGCAGACAGUUGACAGCAAGGUCGCGGAUUGGGUCAACCAUAUCCCUGCCGGAUCGAUCCGGACAUGGGAUGAAUUGGGACUACGGUUCCUAGAGCAUUUCGCCGGGAACUGCCGUCCCAAAAAGCAUUUCACUCACUUGGCUUUGGUUCGACAGAAGCAUGGAGAAUCCUUGAAGAAUUUCCUUAUCCGAUGGAGGAAAGAGUCCAGGGAGGUUGAAGGAACCGAUGAUAAAUCCAGGUUGGCUAUGUUCACAGCGGCAUUACAGGGUGGACUCCUUCACACCGAUCUUACUACUCAUCCCCCGGAUACCUUCGAAGAAGCAAUGGUCCGGGCGGGGAGGUAUGUGACCCUGGAAGAAAGGAAGGAGGAGAAGAAAGAGAAGACUCCUAAAGAAGAAGAGAAGAAGGGAAAUAAGAAGCCAUUUAAAAAUAAGAAGCAGGGCUUCCCGGAUGGCCCAAAAGGCACAAGUCCUGGAACAUCGGAGAAACACAAAUCUGCCAAUCCAGUCUUCACAUUGCCGGUGGCUGAGGUCAUGGCCCACGCCGCACAGCAGGGACUCAUGAUUUAUCCAACUUAUUCUCAAAAGGUCUGUAAUGUGGAGGAUACUGGAAAAUGGUGCGCUUACCAUCGCAAGAAUGAUCACAACACGGAAGAUUUCUAUACUCUGAAGAAUGAGAUGGCAAGGCUAAUCCGUCGGGGUCAUCUAAAGAAAUUCGUGCAAGAUGGUGAUGCAGGAAAUCCCGGGAAUGCUCAGAAUGGAAAGCGCAGAGAUAAAGAAGUGGCCCAGGCUGAGGCCCGGGAGAAACGCCACAUUGGGCUUGAAGAAGAAGAGGAGGAUUCGGAACCCGCACCACAUCGCCAGAAGAGACACCACGGGUGUAACUUCAUCAUUGGAGGGAAUACUGGCGGAGACUCAGCCACAAGCCGGAAGAAGUGGGCUAACGCGGCGAUGGUCAACAAGGUGCUGGUCCCAGAAGGUAAGAAGCUGAAAACUGAGCCAAUUACCUGGAUUGGAAGAUUUGGAGUGUGUCAUCUCGCCUCGUCACCUGUGCAUAAAAUUUCCAACCCCCACGGAGUUGGAGUUGCCAAGGGAUCUCAGAGAGUGUCCCGGGCAUGGUAUUUGAAGGCAACCAAACAGCCGGUCAAGUACGAUACCCAAGUGGGAGAGGUGACUGCGCAGCUCCUGAGGGCUGAGGAAAAACGUCCCAGAGUAGAAGUUGCUGGCGACAUCGAAGAAGUGGAAUUGGAGCCAGGCACGCUGGGAAGGUUGGUCAGGAUUGGCAAGGGCCUGGGGGCUGUACUCAGAUUACGAGUGAUUUCAGUCCUUAGAAGGUUCAGGAGGGUCUUUGCAUGGAUUCCAGCUGAUAUGCCAGGGCUGGAUCACAAGAUUGCAGUUCAUCGCCUAAAUGUCCUGCGGGAUGCUAAACCAGUGAAGCAGAAGCGGAGGCAUUUGUCGCAGGAACGAAGAGAUUUCGUGAAGAAGGAGGCUCACCGGAUUGUUGUGCUCACGAAUGAGCCUUUGGCGUCACUUACCCGAAGCCCCGCGGCAUCUGCCCAAAUGACCAAGUGGGCAGUCUUCAUUAGUCAGUAUAACGUGGAGUUCAGGCCGCGCCCAUCCAUCAAGGGGCAAGCACUCGCCGACUUUCAAGUUGAGUGCACCGCCAGAGAAAUGACAAGAGCCCAGGUUGAAACCCGGGUGGAAAAGGACUGGUGGGUAAUGAGAAUUGAUGGAUCUUCUGGAUCUCGAUCUUGCGGAGCAGGGAUCGUCUUGAUCACCCCAGAAAAAUUUUGGAUUUAUUACGCUAUCAGAUUUCAGUUCCGCGUAUCCAACAAUGAAGCUGAAUAUGAGGCCCUGAUCAACGGAUUGAAGAUUCUUAGUAAGAUGGGAGUAUCCAGGGUUCAGGUUUACAGCGACUCCCAAUUAGUGGUGGGACAAAUCACAGGGGAGUUUGAAGCAAAGGAAGAAAGGAUGAAGAGGUAUCGGGACUUGUCUUUAGAGAUGUUGGGGAGGUUUGAGUUUAAGCUUGAACAUAUACCCCGGGCCCAGAACGCAGAGGCCGAUGUUCUAUCCAAGCUCAGCGCAGAGUCACCGCAAUACAUAAGCAAAUUAGCAACCGUCGAGGAACUGGUAACCCCGAGUCUUAACAGCAAUGAGGUGAUCUGGGUAUCAGCUGAUCCUCCGGAAUGGCUGGACCGGUUGGCCAAAUACAUUGAGGACGGUGAAGCCCCGGAAAAUCCCGAAGAAGCACGUCUGUUGCGAAUGAGGGCACCUACCUACCAGGUACAGGAUGGAGUCCUCUAUAAGCGAUCUUACAACGGUGUUUUACUCCGUUGCCUCAGGGCAGCAGAGGCAAAGGCACUAAUGGAAGAAAUACAUGAAGGAGUAUGUGCUGCACAUCAGUGUCCUUACUCCAUCUCCAGAAGGGCUAUUAUCCAAGGAUACUUCUGGCCAACGAUGAAGAAGGAUUGCGAAGAGUAUGUACGCAAGUGCCCGACCUGCCAACAAUUCCAGAAUAUACCCGGGAGGCCGGCCACGAAUUACACGCCCAUUAGUUCUGUGAUUCCCUUCUCAAUAUGGGGGAUUGAUAUUGUGGGAGCCCUGCCGAAAGGAGCUGGGCAGGCAAGGUGGAUUGUGGUGGCGAUAGACUAUUUCACAAAGUGGGUGGAAGCUGAGCCACUUGCCGGGAUUACUGGAAGGCAGAUGAUCGACUUCGUCGGAACGAAUAUACUCUGCAGGACGACUCCAAGGAGAGCCACGGGUGACACUCCUUUCGGCUUAGCUUAUGGUUUUGAAGCCCGGGCUCCCGCUGAGGUAGUAAUCCCCACCAGGAGAGAAAUGGAAUAUAACCCGGAGGUGAACGAACAAAAUCAGGCCGUAGAGCUGAAUUUCGUAGAGGAACGACGGGAUGAAGCACGGAUCCGGGCAGAGAAUUAUCGUCGCCAGGUGAAAUCUUACUUUGAUAGCAAGGUGAAACCAAGGGCGUUCCAGGUGGGGGAUUACGUUCUGAGGAAACGGGAUAAAAGUCAACCAACUAAGGGUGCGAAGCUGGCUAAGAAGUAUGAAGGACCUUAUAUCAUCAAGGCCGUUGUUCGCCCAGGUACCUACAAGUUGGUGACUCCCAAGGGGAAAGAAAUUGAUAGGACAUGGAAUGUAGAGCACUUGGUCAAAUUUUAUCAGUGAAAUCAUUUUGUAAAAACGUUCUAUUUUUAAUUUAAGAUGUUUGUUUCAAUAAAAUUUUUCUUUUCUUUUAAAGCCAAGUGCCUUUGCAAUUUCUUUAUUCUAUAGAUUUCUUUAAAAAAAAAAAGGGGGGGGGGGGGAAGCACCCCCGGGCGAUAUAGACCCGCAUUACAGGGAGGUAGAAAAGUUUAUGCCACCUGCUAAAAAUAGGGGAGGUAGAUAAGUUUAUGCCCCCCCCCCGGAGGUAGAGAAGUUUAUGCCUCCGUCGAAAAUGAAGGAAGGGUUGGGAU